AUGCCUCCUUUUGACUCUCUACAGCAUCAAAAUGUUUGGGUGCUCUGCGCAGUCGGCGCAGCACUCUUACUGGUGUUCGAACUCGUCUCGCUCAAGCCGAGAACAAAAUAUCGAUACCCACCUGGUCCGAAGGGGAUACCCGUGUUUGGAAAUCUAUUUCAACUCCCACCAGCGUAUCCAGGGGCCAAGCUUAUGGAAUGGGGAAAACAGUAUGGAGAUCUUUUCUCAGUGCAACUUGGCGCAAGGAGAUGGGUGUUCCUCAACUCCGCGGAAACGGCGCGAGAGCUCCUGGACCGGCGUGGACGGCUCUACAUUAGCCGGCCUGAGUUUCCCGUCACGCAAGACAUUCUAUCCGGCGGCAAGCGUAUUGUCAUGAUGGGUCAUACGGAGCGCUGGAGGCAGCUUCGGAAGAUAAUGCACCAGCUCUUGAUGGCUAGCAACUCGGAGACCUAUAAGCCUUUUCAGGAUGUAGAGUCUCGAGCACUUGUCUGGCAGUAUCUGAAGCGGCCAGAUGAAUUCUACCGGCAUGGAGCUCGGUUUGCAAACUCAGGUAUGACGCGAAUCGUCUUUGGUCGUCGAACAAGCAUGCAAGACGAGAACGUCCGCCUUUUGUUCUCGACCAUCGACGACUUUCUCGAAACUCAAACGUCGCCGUCUUCCAGCUUGGUCGAGCAAUUUCCCUGGUUGGUGAGGGUCAUGCCACGGUCUCUUCAGUGGUUCAGACCAAAGGCAGAACGGGUAUUUAGGAAAACAUUUGGCGUGUACACUGCUUUCUUUGACGACCUUGAACGGCGCAUCAAGCAAGGAGAGAAUCCCGAAUGUUUUGCCCGAGGGAUGGCGGAUCUUGCCACCAAGUAUGGCUUCGAUAAAGCACAGGCCUAUUUUGCUGCCGGGUCGAUAAUCGAGGCCGGCAGUGACACGACUCGCAAUCAGAUCAACCUCAUGCUCGCGGCAGCGGCCAAGUACCCUGCCUGGGUUGCCAAUGCACAAAAGCAGCUCGAUGAGGUUUGUGGACAUGCCUCGAGGCUACCUUCCUUCGAUGACUGGGAUCACCUGCCGUACAUUGUAGCAGUGGUCAAAGAGUCGCUGAGGUGGCGACCAAACAUGACAGCUUCAGGAGUGCCUCGAGCCCUGAUCGAAGAUGACACGUACCGCGACUUCGUGUUCGAAAAGGGCACCAUAUUCGUCUAUAGCCACUUCGCCAUCAGCCAUAACGAGAAGGAGUUUGCGAGAAACGAGGUAUUCUUGCCGGAACGAUUUCUGAACGAGGAUCUGCAGGAGCUGUUGAAAGGGCAUUUGGGGUUCGGCACGGCAGGGCGACGGGUUUGCCCGGGAUGGCACGUCGCGACCCGGAAUAUGUUCAUCGCGUUCUCUCGGCUGCUUUAUUGCUUCAACUUUCAGGAAGUGCCCGAGGCGCCCAUCGAUGACUGGAAGAUUGACCCGCUGGCGCACGACCAUCCGCCAUUUCAGAUUCGAAUUACCCCGCGAAGCGAGGACCAUGUCAGAUUGAUCGGAACUGAAUGCGCACUGGCUGGGGAAGAGUUGGAAUGA